AGAAAAUCUGUAUAAAUUGGACGGUUCGAGUUUAAAUUUUAUUAGUAGCAUCCGAAAAGUCAACUCUGUUUUAUAUUCACAUUCAAAAUGAAUCAAGAAAUCCAACAAGAAAUUUCAGAAAUUGAAAACGUAUCUGAAUUCAAUACUCUUAUUAAUAUAAGAGAGUUAGAACAAAAUCAUAGAUAUCCAAUUAUGGGCAUCAAAAAAGUGCAAACUAAAUUUGGAGAAAAGCUGGUUGUAGAUCUGGGUGGACACGAUAUAUUCCUUCCAGCACGAUACAACAAGCUAUCUGAAAAAACCAUUCAAUCUAUUCAUUCGCAGACAGCAACAUUUUGUAUUAUUUACAAAGGCCCCUUUGGACGAUCAGUGAAAUUAGAAAUUACAAAAUUCCUUCCAUAAUUGUGAACAAA